AUGUCUUUCCAACCCUACAAGCUGCAGCAAGGGACCGUGGGGCUAUUGAAAUAUCUUGCUCUCUUUCUCAUUGCAGUCUGCUCCCAGUUCUCAAGAGGAGUGUAUGCCAUCUUUGGAUUCUAUGACCAGAUGUCAAUGAACACUCUGACCUCCUUCUGUGGGGCCCUGCACACUUCCUUUGUGACGCCCAGCUUCCCCACUGAUGCAGAUGUGCAGUUUGUCAUCCAGAUGCGCCCAGCCUUGAAGGGCGCCAUUCUGAGUCUGCUCGGUCACUACAAGUGGGAGAAGUUCGUGUACCUCUACGACACAGAAAGAGGAUUUUCCAUUCUCCAAGCGAUUAUGGAAGCAGCAGUGCAAAACAACUGGCAAGUGACAGCCAGGUCUGUGGGAAACAUAAAAGACGUCCAAGAAUUCCGGCGCAUCAUUGAAGAAAUGGACAGGAGGCAGGAAAAGCGAUACCUGAUUGACUGCGAAGUCGAAAGGAUUAACACAAUUUUGGAACAGGUUGUGAUCCUGGGGAAACAUUCAAGAGGUUAUCACUACAUGCUUGCGAACCUGGGUUUUACCGAUAUCUUGCUGGAAAGAGUCAUGCACGGGGGAGCCAACAUCACCGGAUUCCAGAUUGUCAACAACGAAAACCCUAUGGUUCAGCAGUUUAUUCAGCGCUGGGUGAGGCUAGAUGAAAGGGAAUUCCCGGAAGCCAAGAAUGCACCACUAAAGUAUACAUCUGCACUGACGCACGACGCAAUACUGGUCAUAGCAGAAGCUUUCCGUUAUCUGAGGAGGCAGCGAGUGGAUGUGUCCCGGAGAGGCAGUGCUGGAGACUGCUUAGCAAAUCCCGCUGUGCCCUGGAGUCAAGGAAUUGAUAUCGAGAGAGCUCUAAAAAUGGUGCAAGUACAAGGAAUGACUGGAAACAUCCAAUUUGACACUUACGGACGUAGGACAAAUUACACCAUCGAUGUGUAUGAGAUGAAAGUCACUGGCUCUCGAAAAAGGGCUGAUAUAGCGGUUGCUCCACUCACUAUAACCCUGGUUCGUGAAGAAGUCAUAGAUUUCUCAAAGCCAUUUAUGAGCCUGGGCAUUUCCAUCAUGAUAAAGAAGCCUCAGAAGUCAAAACCAGGUGUAUUCUCAUUUCUGGAUCCCUUGGCUUAUGAAAUCUGGAUGUGCAUCGUCUUUGCUUACAUUGGAGUCAGCGUAGUUCUUUUCCUAGUCAGCAGAUUCAGCCCCUAUGAAUGGCACUUGGAAGACAACAAUGAAGAACCUCGUGAUCCACAAAGCCCUCCUGACCCUCCAAAUGAAUUUGGAAUAUUUAACAGUCUUUGGUUUUCCUUGGGUGCCUUUAUGCAGCAAGGAUGUGAUAUUUCUCCAAGGUCGCUGUCCGGGCGCAUUGUCGGAGGGGUUUGGUGGUUCUUCACCCUGAUCAUCAUUUCGUCCUAUACUGCCAAUCUCGCUGCUUUUCUGACUGUAGAGAGAAUGGUCUCUCCCAUAGAGAGUGCUGAAGACUUAGCUAAGCAGACGGAAAUUGCGUAUGGGACCCUGGACUCCGGUUCGACAAAAGAAUUCUUCCGAGUGCUGGGGAUGAAGCAAUGAACAUACAAUUCCUGCUGCUUCUACCGCACCAAGUUGCCGUGGAAGUUACAUGGGAUGGCGUGUAUAAAAUC